AUGAAGAAGUCCUGUUGUCCAGCUGAGUCUGCUGUUAGACCAGAUAACAAAUUUAAAAUCAUCCCAGGAGAACCUGUUACUGAUAUUGUUUGUUAUGGAAUUGGAAAACUAUCUUCAUGUCCUACAGCUAGAUACCAGUUUGCCUUUUUUCUGUUGUUGAGAGAGUUGUUAAAGGUAGCUAUGUCUGGUGACCCUUGUGAAAUGGAUUUUGGAAUUCGUAGGAAUUCCUAGGAAUAAAGGUGUGAAUUUUUACGGUAAAUUCGGACUGGGAAUUCGUAGGAAUUUGUAGGAAUUCCCAACCAUAACAACUCUGGUUCAAAAAACCUAGAAAUUCCUAGAAAUUCCCAUAAAAACCCAGAAAUUCCAAGCUUAUAGCCAACAGGACUUGGAAUUCCUAGGAAUUCCAACUCAGAGAACCAAUGACUUUCCCUGAAAAGCUGUAAAUCUAAAAAAUUCCUAGGAAUUUCCGGGAAUUUUAAGAAUUUUUAGGAAUGUUUAAGAAUUACAGGGAAUUUUAAGCAAAAAUUUGAGGCUAAUGAUAUGAAAUAAAUACUUUAAAUUAAAAAAACCCAGCUAAAAUUCAAGUAUUCAAUGAAAUUUAUUUACAAGCUUAAUUAAGGCUUGCAUGUAAAAUAUUUUUGAUUAAUUAUUAACAUCAACAUGUGGUAAUAUUAGGAUGGAAUUUGAUUUAUUUUUCUUUUCUUGAAAACUUCAUACGGAUUAAUCCUCAAUUACAGCUAUUCAUAUAAAAUAGUCCUAAUCAAUCAUUAAAUUUGGAUGGACACAAAUUGUGAAUAAAAUCUGUUGAUUCUUUUCCAUAAAAUACAAUAUCUUGAAUUAUAUUUGAAAACCAAGCACUCUUGGGAGUGAAGGGGUUAAUUACAGAUAAAUAAAAUUGAUUUUUUAAUUAAAAUCUUGUUGUAACUGUAACAAUAAAUUAGAAUAAAGUUAUCCUAAACUGCAAACUUAGCUGCUGUUUGUAUUUUUUUCCCUGGGCUCACAAUGAGUUGGCCUUGAAUGAGGUUGUCUACAAGAAGCUUGACCAUUUUGUAUCUGGAUUCCAUGACAUCUGAAUUUGAAAAAAAAAUAUAUAUAUAUAAAUAUAUAUAUUUAAAGCUCAGACCAGGCCUUUAAGAUGGCUAUAAGGAAAAGGGCAUUCAUUGGAUUCUCAAAUUGAGAAAUCUCGGUUAUAUUGAGUGACUUUUAUAUUGGAGUUAGUACAUCUCUCCCAUAGAUUUUACUAAAAAGGGGUUGAAUACAUUAUUUUGUUUUUACCAAGGAGGGCUUCUUUAUGUAAUAAGGUUUGUUUAAUAACAGUUCCUAUUAUGAAUCUUGAAUGUUCCCAAAUGUGACUAAAGGAUUCUUGAAACCUUACUGAUAGAUUUAUUUCAUUGUAAAGCAUAAGCUUAAGAAACUGCGGCAUGCAAGUGACCUAUUCGAUUCUCAGAAUUAUUCUAGUUUCAGUUGCGCCGAGCGUUAUGUAAGCUUUAUUCAACCUGUUACAUCUAUUCUUUUAUAAGAUUUUGAUCACGUAACGAAUAUCGCAAUUUUUACUCACCACAAACUUUCAAAAUCGUAGCUUUACAGAUGGCCACUCGACCCUUGUUUGUACCAGUCAGUAUGUUAACUGUUAUCCCUUCUUUUAACUCCACGGCGCCAACGACUUUCUUUUCUUUUACAACACUCACGCUGUUCUCGUUUUCCCACUGAACCACAAUAAAAGCUAUCUUUAGAAAUGUUAUAUUAAGAAAAACAGUUGAGAAAAGCGAUCAACCGAUGAAAAGUACAUUCAAAGAUGAGCGCCAAAUAGAGUCUUCUUUGUUUCCGAUCACGGGUAUGAUCACGUGGAUCUUUUAGGACUUUUCAUUGGCUAGCAAAGUUAAUCCGCUGGCUUGCUGAUUGCAGUCUUAAGAGAAGCGCGUAACUUUAUUCUGACUUCUCCGACCGGUCUUCUGCCUCUAGACGAUGGAUACCUUGAUGAUUUUAAUAAUGAUGUGAGCUCACUCUAUGUAGAAAUAAUCCACAAGAAUCGAUCGUACUACAAAUGCACGAUUUUUGGCCGAAGGUUGUCGAGGAAACAAAGACUCGAAACUCACUUGAGUUGUGUUCAUGGCAAAGGUGAGAAAUAAUACAAGCCAAUCACAGUUUUGAAUGCGACUACAAAUCGUCUUUUACCCUCAUAUUUAUAAAAGAAGGAUACCACAUUAGGAAGUAUAAGAGAUACAUAGAUGAUUCCAGUGUACCAGUACCUAAAUCUACAAAGCUUGACCGUAGCAAGCACCAAAAAUAAAAAGAUGUAAUAUAUUUUGGGAGAUCCAGUGAAUGGGACAUUUAAGAAAUUAAGUUAUGAAAGGAAACUUGGUUUUUACUUCUCAUUACUAAUAAGUCUUGUUGACAAAUAUUUGCAGAUCAUUGACUGCUGGUUCAUGAGAAAAUCCAUAUUAAUGUAGAGAUUUACUAAAACUUAGUUUGAAUAAUAAAUUUCAUGAUCUUUAAGUUAUAAAAAUAUACGUGUAUGUAUAUCUCUUGGUAAGUUUUGUAUAGCAUACCUUUUAUUGAGCUAAAGUUUUAAGCCUCUGAAAUUACUCCUUUUCUUAAAACCUUCACAUUCAAGGUAUUGAGAAUUAGACCUCAGGGUAUUUAAAUUGCCUCAAAUUCAAUUCCCAGAAAUUCCCAAGAAUUCCACCCUUCUUAGAUUAUAGAUAGUUUGUAUAGCUGAGAAUUCCUAGGAAUUGCAAGUCCUCACAAAACUGGAGUCUUCCUUUCCCAGAAAUUCCCAGUAAUUCCAAGCUUUUUAAAUCAGAGUUAAUUUGCAUAGUUGGGAAUUUUUGAGAAUUCCUAGGAAUUCCUAGGAAUUCCCAGAAAACUGGGGUACCUAAAAUUAUCUGGGAAAUGAUAAAAACCUCUUCUGGUAACCUGUUAUGUCCCAAUAUCCCAUUCAGGAGGAUAAUCAAUACUCUAAGUCAACUUAGGCAGAAACUGGGAUAAGUAUGGGUUGUACUUAUCACUCAGCACAAGGGUGACAUUUGCUAAGGGUUAGGGUCAUAAUAUGUUAUUGUACAUAGUCAAAAGAGGCUUCCAUGAUGUUUUUAAACAACAGAUCUGCAAUAUUUUGUUGACUGUGAUGCAGAUUGAAUUAAAGUGAACUUUUAGGUCAUGGUUAGGUAAAUUUGUUCUGUGAUUAAUAACCUUUAAGUCAAUUUUUUUUAACUAGAUUGGUGGACUGUUUUUCAUCUAUGAACCUCGUUUUUCAUGA